UCCUAUGUAACCUACUUUAUUUAUUCCAUCACAUCUCUAUAAUAAUCAAACAACUCUAUAUUUUUUUCCUUUCUUUUCUCUUCACAACCCAAAACUAGAAAGAAAGAAAAAACCUUCUUGAUGAAGUUCACAAGGAGCCAUCAACAUCCUCUAUUAAAUCCAUGCAUGAAACCAUUGAAAGAAAUCUUUGCCUCUUCCAAAGGAAACUAAAACACAACUAAUUUCAUCUAUUCCUCCACCUCUCCUUUGUUUGCCAUUUCCUAUAUAUAAUUUUUAUAUUCAAUUUGUACACUAUUCAUUAUUAGGGUUUCUUCCCUAGCUCUUCACACUUGACCCCAAAAAAAAAAAAAAACAGCUAGCUAGAAGCUAGCUAUUUGGCCUACUGUAAUCCUCCUCCUAUGACGAGUCCAGAUAACAAAGAGGAAAGCCAAAGCUCCGGUGGCGGUGGCCGGAAAACGUCGGCGGCAAGGCCACAAGAACCAUCUUUGAAUUGUCCAAGAUGUGAUUCUCCCAACACCAAGUUUUGUUAUUACAACAACUAUAGUCUUUCACAGCCAAGACAUUUCUGCAAGACCUGCAGAAGAUACUGGACUAAAGGGGGAGCGCUACGCAACGUUCCGAUAGGCGGUGGUUGCCGGAAAAACAAGAAGAUAAAGACUUCUUCUUCUUCAAGGCUUUCUGGUGAUUCAAAAGAUACUAGUGUUUCUUCAGAUAUUGGUGGGCUUAAGUUUUUUCAUGGUCUUUCACCAGCUAUGGAUUUUCAGCUAGGAGGAUUAAACUUUCCUAGACUAAGUAGCAAUACUUCAACAUCUGGAAGUAUUUUCAAUCAGUUUUCUUCAUUUGGGGACAUUUCAACUACUUCUGCUGCUGCAAUUGGAUCAAGUUCUUGUUUUAAUCUUGAUCCUUCAGGAAGCUGUUCUGGCUCUUUGUUGGGAUUCAAUAAUUUCCCUUUCUCAAGUUCUAUGCUAAAACAAGGUAAUGCAGGAGUUCAAGAAAUGGGGUCGAUGGGCGUUCAUCACGGCACUAUGGCAUCUUCAAUAGAAUCCUUGAGUUCAAUAAACCAAGAUUUACACUGGAAAUUACAACAACAAAGAUUGGCCAUGCUUUUUGGUGGGGAUCAAAAUCAAAAAGAGAACAUUGUUUCAUCUCAUGUUCCUCGUCUUGAUCAAAACCAAAUUCAAAAGCCACAGCCUAUUUUGUUUCAAAACUUGGACAUUUCAUCAAAACAACAAGAAGAAGAAGCUGCAGUUUAUGGAAAUAAUAUUAAUUCAAGAAAAGAUCAUGGUAGUGGAAGUGAUCAUGGGAAUAAUAAUUUAGCUACUGAAUGGUUCUUUGAUAACUCAUUUGGAACAGUAAAUCCAACUUCAACAAAUAGUAGCAGUGGAAAUGCAAAUGAUCAGAACAACAACAACAAUUGGAAUAGUAUUCAAGCUUGGAGCAAUUUGAAUCAGUAUAGUACACUGCCUUAGUUCAAUUUGAUGAAACAAAUGGUGAAAGAAAUCAUAUUUUAUACUAAUCUAUUUAGGCCUCUUUUAAUUUCUUUGAGUUUGUUUAUUUUGGUUAAUGUGGAGAUCAAUAUGGAAAAAUAGCUAAGACAAUUAGGAAUUAGUUUUUUGUUUUCUCUUUUACUUUUUCUUGUUAUUUAAAUUCAGUAAGACACUAAUCAAAAGUUUUUAGUAUUCAACUUAUUGUAUAAUUGUUUAUGAUUAUGAUGAUGGUUUUUUAUUGUUUA